AUGUUUUUGCUGCCGCGGCCGCGCCGCGACCUCCCGUUUGUUUUGGCGCCGAUGCAGCGCCGUCUCUCGCCGCGCGAGAUGGCGCCGCCGCGGCGACCGGCGCGGGCCAUCGUGAACGGAGACAGUGUGAGCGACGCGGAGGCGGCCGCGACUGGCUCGGUUGGCCUGUGGAUCGACCUCUCUGGAUGCUCGGUGUGCCGCAAGGACAAGCCGGCGACGUGCUCCGGGACGUUGGUCGCGCCGACGCUCGUCCUCUCGGCGCGGCACUGCCUCGAUACACCGCGGAUGCUCAACGGCACGCUCGAGCGGGUCGUCUUUGGCUCGGACAUGUUUGGCGCCGGAGCGAGCCGCGACGUGGUCGCCGUGAAAAGCACAUCCGACUACGGCAUCGAGACGGCGGGGAAUGACCUUCUCCUAGAUGCGGGAUCCGAUCCAACACUCGAGAGGAUCUCAUCCUCCUCAAGCUGUCCAGCCCAGCUCCGAAAGAGCCUGCUCCCCUCCAAGGAGGAGCAGGAGGAGGCGAGGAGGAAGGGCUCUCCCUUCUACCCGGACGGGCUAGGCUUCCCAUCCCUGGCAACCUACGGCUACGGCCAGCAGGCGUGCGCCGCAACUUGUACUACCGACCCCGCCGCGUACUCUGCCGGGCAGCUAAGACGGCUCGGCGUCAGCGUCCAGACGGAGAUUCGGCCGUGGGCGGCGGGCUUCCUGACGAAACCCGUCGACCGCAACACGGGGACGUGCGCUGGCGACUCGGGCGGCGGCGCGCUCGCGUUUGUGCAGGACCCGAAGGGCAGGGGGAUCCGCCAGUUCCUCGUGGGCGUGCAGGCGGUCUUCGUCAACCCGGCGGCCUUCUCCGAGUUUCUGCUGCAGGCGAGCCGGGAUUUGGGCUCGCCGCUGCAGCCGACCAUCAACUGGAGGGAGUACUCCUGA